UACAAAGUGACAGGGACACUGAACACCAAGUCGUGCAAGAAGGUUAGUAUUAGGGAUAGACUGUAAUAAGAGAAGAAGCAAAGGCAGUACAGGAUCAGACUUAGAAGACGAAAAAUCGAAGAAAAAGAAAAGGAAAUCAAGGAGGGAGCAAAAGUUGGAAUCCACUGAAGAAAAGGCGAAAAGAUUAAGCUUGAAGUUAAACAAGAUUUUUAAGAGGGAAAGAGAGAAACACAAGAGAGAAGCCUCAUCGCCUGACCUUCAAGUGCCACAGGGAAAAAGGCUGGGCUCAGCAGAAUCAAGAGGGAAGAAUUACACUUCAAGAUCUUCAAUAGAUGACCAAGGGAAAGCACCUACAGGAGAUAGCGAAGUGUUGAAGAAUGUGUUUUCAAGGCCAGUUUUGAAUACUUUUAGAAUUCCAAAAAAGAAGAAAGUGACUGAUGACAGUGUGGUUGAACAGAAAUCCGUUCUGGCAUCAAGAGAACACCAGAUUGCUUCAAAAAAGCCUUCAGGGUAUGCUCCUAGGACACUUGAUCAAAAAAGAGAGACCAACAGACAUAAGAAGGACAGAGACCUAAACGUGGGCAGUCAAAAUAGAAGUCAGAGGGGGAAUGAGGGAAGAAGAAGUAGUGAAUAUUCUCAAAAUGAUUGGGGAGGAGGUAGUUGCAGUCCUCCAGAUCAGGGUCAUGAUGUGGACAGUGCUUGUGAACAUAGCCCAGCACCCUAUUCACCAGGAGAGGGACAAAUCAGUGGGAAUCAGGUUGGGGAAGCAGAGAAAAAUGCUCAUGGUUUCACACUCCAACAAAUAACUAUACCUAACAACUCUGAGGUUCAAGGACCACCACCGCCACCACCACCUGUGAUUGAGUGUUGGGAGGAACUUGCAGAGCUCAUUAGGACUCUUGAAAAUUGCAAAAAAGGAAGCACUGACAGUCCAGCAAACUUAGAGUUGGGGAGUAAUGUUGUUGACCUUGAAAAGGAUAUUGAUGUGGUUGUAGACUCUAGUGACUCAGGAAGCACAACAAAAAAGUUAGCUAGUGAAGCUCCAAGAGAAGGUACUUUGACAGCUGAGCAAAGUAAUAUAGAUAGAAAACAAAUGACUAGUCUCAAAGGGGAAAUUGAACUUGGCAGCAGACCACAGCCUGGGAAAUUAGUUGCUGGUGAGUAUACUGCUGAAGGUAAAGGAGUGGAAAAUCAGUAUUCACACCUUGAUAAGAGACAGAAAACAAAAUUGUAUGAGAAGAAGAAAAAGUCGUAUUAUGAAGCCAAAAAGAAGUACUAUAAUGAAAAGGGAGAUGUUGAGAAUAAUGAGAAAAAGCAGAUGAGAUUUAAGGAGUAUGAGAAAAGAAGGGAGGAUUAUUAUAAUAUGAAAUGGUAUUUAUAUGAAGAAAAGAGGAGGGAACACAUUGAAAGGAAGAAAGCCAGCAAAGAAAAGGAAGAAAGCAAGAUUGCCAAGGAACAGUCAAAAACUGUAUUGGAUGAGACAGACAGUGGUGUGAAAGAGGCAGAGAAUGUUAUAGAUAUGACAGAGAAUAAUUUGGAUGAGCCAGAAAAUGUUAGGAAAAAGAAAGAUGAUAUUACGAAUGAAACCGAGAAAGGAGAACCACAUGUGAACAAAGUAUAUGAGGUACAGUCUCUUGGAAAUUCUGAAGGUAAAGUAGAUGAGGUACAGUCUCUUGGAAAUUCUGAAGGUAAAGUAGAUGAAAGUGACACCGAUAAAACUCAAAAAGAUGGCGACUCGGAGAUGCCCCCACUUUUACCACCUCCUUUACCACCCACAAAUUUAAUGGCAUUAGCUCCCAAAAGUACGCAGCAGGGGCAUGAAUCUUUAGAGAGUAGGUUAGAGAACAUACCAAAAAUUGGGUCCACUAAUGUUUUGGCCGUGGAGAGAGAAGAAAAUUCAGACAUGGACUUAGACUCAGACAUGGAUCUUGCAACAUCAGAAUCAUCUGAUGAAGAUAAUGAUGAGUUGAAUUUGCUAGCAAGAUUUGGAGUUGAUGUAAGUAAUUUGCAUGGUGACUCCUCAACAGAACAUGAAGCUAGCAUUACACAAAACCAAGAAGUAAUAGUUUGUGAUAGUAGCUCUAGUCUGAGGAACAUUGUUCAUAAGUUAAUGGAUUGUGUCAGUAGUGAUACUGGAAAUUCAAACACUAAGAAUGUUUGUCCGAAUCCCAGUACGAUAAUUGAUUUGGCAAGCAGUCCAGAAGUUGUAAAAACGGUUGGUAGUGAAGGCACUGAAGGAGAGACUAGCCAGAAAGGAGGAGAAGAUAAUGAAUUACUGGGUCUGUCAUCUCUGCUGAAAAAAGUAGCUAAGAGAAUCCAUCCCACUCCACCACCAAAAAGUGCUUCUAAUGAACGUAUUAAGGAAACUUUGCCUUCCGUUCCUGACAAACCAAAAGAUGGUACUUCUGAUCAGCAUAUAAAGGAAAUAUUUUCUGCUGGUCCAGAAAAACCAAAGGAAAGUUCUUCUGAUCAAUAUAUUAAGGACAUUAUUUCUGCCGUUCCCAAAAAAGAUAAGGAAAAGGUAUCAAAAUGGACUGCAAGACAAUUCCUUCCACUAGAAGAGCUGACAGACCCCAAGGGAAGUUUGGACGAGUCAAAUGACUUAGAAGUGGUGUACUCGAGAAUAUCGUUGCCUGACCCGAGGAGGGGCUCACGAGGGGAUGCCUUGCCAAGUUACUACCAACAGACUCCUUUGGGUCAAGUUGUGGUGGACAAAUCUAAAGAUAUGCCUCUCUUGGGUAAGUCGAAGCAUUUCUGUUUUUAAUUUAACCUUUUGCUGACGGGUGGCAUGUACGUAUAUGCCAUGGCACGGCUGGACUGUCUGCCGGGGGCAUGUACGUACAUGCCAUGGUGUAUGUAUGGACAUGCCAUGAGU